AUGCUCUGGCUCGAGGCAAGGUGCGGGCGCUGUGCGCGGUGGCUUUGGCCUUCUUGCAGACAUUCUUGUGGUGCUUCUUGCGGUUAUGCACCGCCCCGUUCUACUUCUUGGGCGCGCGGCCCGCCGGCCAGGCCGUGCGGCGCGCCUGGGCGCCGCUGUCGGGCUGCACGGUCCAGGACCCCCGACGAGGGCGAAAACGCGUCCUUCACGCCGGAGGUCAUCAUCAGCAGAGUUGAGGCGCUGACGGAGGAGCUUUACGAGAAGCACGGCGUGCAAUUGUUCAUCGUGGCCGGCCUGCCUGUCACGGGGUGCUUGCCGCUCGUGCAGCUGCUGAUGCAGAGUUUUAGGAAGUUUUGCCUGAAGCACGUGGCCCUCUCGCUGAUCUGGCUGUGGGGCAGGUGCGGCGCCGACCAGUGGCAGGCAAUGUGCCUGGACCUGGAGAGGAGCCUCCCGGGCUGCAAGGCUAUCUUCUUCGACCAGGCCGCCGCGUUGGAAAGGGUCGCAGGCAAAAACCGAGGCGACGCCCUGGGCGAGACAGGGGGCUUUUGGAUGGACGUGCUGCACCCGACCGCCUUCGGCCACAGCCUGAUCGAGGCGGACUUCAAGUUGCUGUGGCAGGCCAUAGAGGCCCAGCACGAGAUGCCAGGACCAUCGCGGCCGACUGGCAUGGGCCGCGGGGCGCAGGCCGCGCCCAGCUCCCAUGGCGAGCGCGUGGCCGCGACUCGGGGCAGCUCCCAGACCUCGUCGGAGGCUGGAGAGCCACAGUUGCACUUCCGCAUCUGCGGAGAUCACGGUCGCACUCCAGUGGGCUACGCGCGCAUCGUCAGAGACGCCAUGGAGUUCAAGGUGCUGCGAUUCAUCGCCGGCCGCGCCGCUGCGGGGGCCGCCAGCGCGAACGGCGCGUCGGAGGAUGUCGUGAUUCGUCCAUUCUGGGACGCAGGCGUGGAGACGGAGACCGUCGAGUGCAAUCUUGAUCUUACCAUCGCUCAGAUCACUGGCCAUGACAUCGGCAGCAUCCGUAGUUUGUUUUAG